AUGCCGACCUCGCGCAAUCCCACGUCGCAGCAGACCAUCGCCGAUCACCGGGCCAAGUGUGAGCUCGCGCGCGCCUUCUCCCCCCCAUACCCCUGCGCCGAAGGCAAGCCUCGCACGGGAUGCUGACUCGGUGCCGUCCCUUCUCGCCCCUCCCACUCCCCUUUUCUUCUUUUCUUCUAUGAUUUCGCAGUGCGCACUACUACCGAAUUACUCAUGCGUCAGUUUGACCUCCUCCUCCCGCCUCCGAGGUUCAUGUCCCCCUCGAAGGAUCGACGGUGCUGACGUUCUCUGAUGGCCGCCGAUGCUGUAGGCAACGUCGAGUUCCCCUUGGCCCAAAGCACGGUAGGGAGGGUCGAUGCUUCCAAGUGUGAGUUGCCGGUGCUUACCGGGACAGGAGCCGUGUGCGCUGAUCGAGUUCGCCGGAGAAAAUCGCACUUGCCUGCAGUCGAGGUCGGGCUCGCCCCGUGGGACGCCCCUGUCGACUGGCCUCGGAUCGACCCAAGGAUCGAGGGCAAGUGA